AUGAAUUCUUCCCGGAUUUUAGGAUGGUGUGGUGAGCUGCUGCAAACCUGCUCCCUGAUAGCGGACGACAUGAUGGAUUCCUCCCCCCUGAGGAGGGGACGCCCAUCCUGGUUCACUGUGGACGGGGUUGGCAUGAACGCGAUAAAUGACGCCUUCUACCUGGAAUCGUGUGCUUAUCACCUGCUCAAAAAAUAUUUUGGGGGCACCGGAUUUUACACAAAGUUGGUCGAUGCGUUCCAUGAUAUCACCUUGAAAACUGUUAUCGGACAAAACCUUGAUGUUCUGACGACUCAGAAGAAAAUUUCGGAGGAAAGGUUCCAAAUGACUAAUUUUUCCAAAAUUGCCAAAUACAAAACGGGUUAUUACACAUUCGUGUUGCCAAUUCGACUUGGAGCGAUACUCGCAGGUCUGGUGGAUGGAAAACUUUUAAAUCAUAUUGAAAAUGUAGGGCUUCAGUUAGGCGAAAUUUUCCAGGCGCAGGAUGACUUUUUGGACGUGUACGGCACCAUGACGCAAACAGGAAAGAGGGGAACCGACAUUGCGGAGGGGAAAUGCACCUGGCUAAUUUGCAAAGCGAUGGAAAUUGCGAAUCCUGAACAAAGAGAAAUUCUCAUGAAUACUUAUGGAAAAAAGGACGAGGAAAGUGUGCAAAUUGUGAGAACGAUAUUUGACGAGAUAAGCUUGCCGUACCACUUCCACCAGUAUCAUGACGAAGUGAUGCACAAAAUAGGGGCAAAUAUUGCUGCCAUUUCCGGAGAUCAUACCCAAUUAAAAGCUAUGUUGAAUAUUUUGGAAACAACUAUAAAUUAA